AAUCGAGUAUGGCAGAGGGAUAGAAGAGACCGGCAUCAGAUCCAGCCGGAUGCUCUGUAUGCUGUUGAUUUGUUGCCCUCGCAAGCCAUGCUGGAGACUCCAAUGAAUGCAGUGACAACAAGGUUUGUCAGAACAUCGACAAACAAGUAUAGGUGUCCCAUUUUUUGUGUGACGUGGACACCUGAAGGCAGAAGAUUAGUGACCGGAGCAUCCAGUGGUGAAUUUACUCUUUGGAAUGGAUUGACCUUCAACUUUGAGACAAUUCUGCAGGCUCACGAGACAGCAGUCAGGGCAAUGAGGUGGAGUCACUCUGACACGUGGAUGGUGACGGCCGACCACGCCGGCUACAUCAAGUACUGGCAGUCCAAUAUGAACAACGUCAAGAUGUUCCAGGCUCACAAGGAACCAGUUCGAGGCAUCAGUUUUUGUCCAUCUGACACAAAAUUUGCAUCUUGCUCGGACGACGGGACUGUUCGGUUGUGGGAUUUUAUGAGAUGCCACGAAGAAAAGAUAUUGAGAGGUCACGGAGCAGAUGUCCGAUGUGUCGACUGGCACCCCCAUAAGGCACUGAUCGCUUCGGGCAGCAAGGAUAACCAGCAGCCGGUCAAGUUGUGGGAUCCCAGAACUGGACACAGCUUAGCUACGCUACACGCUCACAAGCACACUGUGAUGGAUCUCAAAUGGAACCAAAAUGGAAACUGGAUGCUGACGGCCUCCAGGGAUCACUUGCUCAAGUUGUUUGAUAUCAGGAACCUCAAGGAGGAAGUGCAGACGUUCAAGGGGCACAAGCGGGAAGCUACAGCGAUUGGUUGGCAUCCAAUCCACGAAGGCUUGUUCUCCAGUGGUAGCGCAGAUGGCGCUUUGAUGUUCUGGAUGGUGGGAUGUGAUCAUGAGGUUGGUGCCAUGGAGGAAGCUCAUGAGGGUAUGGUGUGGAGCGUCGCUUGGCAUCCGUUGGGUCAUAUCCUGGCUUCAGGAUCAAAUGAUCACGCUACAAAGUUCUGGACGAGAAACCGGCCCGGCGACGAGAUGAGGGAUAAAUAUAAUCUCAACACUUUACCCAUGGGUAUGAUGGAGCAAGAACUGCUGGAAUAUAAUAUGGAGACAGCUGUACCCAACUUGCCAGGCAUUGGAAUGGAGCAAGGAGUCGAAGAGGGCGCACAAAUGAAAGAGGAGCAGGAGGAGAAUGAGCUCCCAGCAAUACCAGGUUUGAACUGGGAAGAAGAUGCUGCACUUUUGAAAGUGGAGGAGAGAGCUGCUCAGAAGAAAAUACCGUAUGCUCGGCCAGUGCCGAAGGUAUUUGAACAAGCUUGGACUGGAGAGAUCGAUGUUGACCAGUUGAAAAAGGAGCAGCAGCAGCAGCAGCAGAAAGCUCAGUUUAUGCCUCCUCAGUCUAGUCUGCUGCUGGCGCAGCAGUUCAUCGGAGCAGCCAUCGCAGGAACAUUGAGGCAGCAGUUAGCAGCCAAUGAAGCAGCUCGCAUGAUGCUGCCAAGGAGUCAGUUAAUGAUGGGACCUGGAGCACCACGGAUGAUUAUCGCCCCUGGUCAGCCGGUUGUGGGACCUCACCCAGGUCAGAUGGUGUUGUUUCCAGGCGUCCAGGCCAUCACUGCCCAGUCUCUGGGACAGCUUCUUUUGCAGCAGCAUCAAAACAACUCAAACUCUCAGCAGCAACAGGGUAUUGCAGGAAAUAUGGCUGCAAACAUGAACAAUCAGGCAAACUCUGGUGGCCCGCAGAAUAGGCCAGGAAAUAACAUGGGCCCACCUCAGCAAGGAGGUCAGGCAUCUCAAGGUACUAACAAUCAGAAUCAGCCGCCUGGUAUGGGUCAGAUGCAAGGCCAGAAUCAAGGGCCAGGGCAGCAAGUUCGACCCAUGACUCCGCAGGGUAUGAACAGACCUCAGGGACAGAAUCUAGACUCUCCAGGGCAGAUGAGGCCCCCUGGGCAGAUGGGAGACCCCAAAGGUCCUAUGAGACCUUCAGGGGGGCAGAAGGGAAAUGCCCCGGACAUGAGACCUCCAGGGCAGAUUCCAGACUCGCAGGGUCACAGUAGGCAUCCUGGAGGGCAGAUGGGAGACUACAAAGGUCCACUGAGACCUCAGGGGCAGAUGGGAGACAACCAGGGGCAGAUGAGGCAUCCAGGACAGAUGGGAGACAACCAGGGGCAGAUGAGGCAUCCAGGGCAGAUGGGAGACAGCCAGGGGCAGAUGAAGCUACAAGGAUUGCAAGGUGGUGGUCCACAGCUGCAAGGUCAGCAGCCAGGGAAUCUAAAACCUCAUAUACCAGGGCAACAGUUUCAGGCUCCCAAUGGAGCACAGGGACCGUUUGGUUCUGGGCCUUUACUGCAGAGACAUGGAAAUAGAGGAGGACCUCCGGACCUUGACAGAGAUGAAAGAUUCCAGGGGCAGAGAGAGGGUCAAGUUGGAGGUCCGGCAGAUGUUGGAUUGGAUCAUGAUUACAGAUCUCAGGUUUUCAACGGCCCUGCAGGACCGUCUAAUUACGAGGAUCAAGAUUUCCGCCAACAAGGGCCUGGCCCAGGUCAGAACAUGGGAGGCAGGCUCCCAAACCUCGGGGACCUUAGAAAUCAGAGCGAUCAAGACUUCCAAGUAUCGGGCAGGGACCAUCGAGGUCAGGGCGAUGAUUUCCAAGGAAGUCACAUGGGUGGCGGGAAUUAUGAUGAAGAGGAGAAUUACGGUGAAUAUGGGGAUGUGGACGAGCGCUUUGCAGAGCACGAUGUUGAUAGAAGAAUAAACAGUCGGGGUGGAGGGGACCUCAAUUCCAGAGAGGAGGGAUGGACAGAUUAUGGAAGGCAGAAGUAUGCUGAUGAAAACUGGGACAGUGGAGGUUACAGUAAUGAGUAUGGGGAAAUGUAUGAAGGACAGGAGGACAGAGGGGAUCGAGGAAUGAAGAGGGUGUGGGAUGAAGGGCCUGGACUAAGGGGAGGACGGAGUAACUGGGGGCAAGGGGAAGGCCGUGGACAUUCUAGGGGAGGUUUCAGGGGCAAUAGAGGCAGGUCUGGAGGGUUUAAGGGUAGUGGAUGGUCUAGAGGGGCUGGUGAUGAGAGGGGGGUUGGUGGAGAGAGGGGGGCUCGGGGAGAUAGAGGUGCAAGGGGGGUUGGUGGAGAGAGAGGGGCAAGGAGUGGCGGUGGUGAUCGAGGGGCAAGGGGUGGUGGUGGCGAUCGAGGGGCAAGGGGUGGUGGUGAUCGAGGGGCAAGGGGUGGUGGUGAUCGAGGGGCAAGGGGAGACAGAGGGGGUAGAGGUGGGGAUAGAGGCUCAAGGAGUGGCCGUGGAGAUAGAGGGGCUUGGAGUCGGGGAGAUAACAGAGGCGGUUACUGA